UCGGAAAGCCUCUGCAGCUGUCUCUUCUGCUCUGCUGAACCUUUGCAUCCCGGACGUAGGCUAACCUCUUGCUUGUGUUCCCAGUUAUUUUUAACACUUUAUUUUUCAGUUUAACGUGUCAGAAACUCCUACAAAGCAAAAUGCUGCCCGCAACUUUCAAACUGUGUGCUGGCAUCUCCUAUCGGCACAUGUGGAACAUGACAGGUCUUAGAAGAAAUGCCCUGGCAGCAAUCCAUCAUGAGCUGAACAGGCUGGCGGGUCCAGGCCCCAGCAACUGGAUCAGUCAAGUCCGCAGACGGAGCUCUCUCCUCAGCUCUCGCAUUCAGGAGGAGGAAGUGUACAACGAUGAAGAAAUGUCCUACGUGAAGCAAGGAGAGGAUGCACUGCAGAAAGCCAUCAGCAUCCUCAGCGAACAGGACGGCUGGACGGUGGAAACCGUAGCUGCAAACGGAGACAAGGUUCUGAGCAAGGUCUUGCCAGACAUUGGGAAGGUGUUCAAACUGGAAGUGGUGAUGGAGCAACAUCCCGACAACCUGUACGAAGAGCUGGUGGAAAAAAUGGAGCAAAUGGGAGACUGGAACCCCAACGUCAAACAAGUCAAAAUUCUUCAAAAGAUUGGACAGGACACCAUGGUGACCCACGAAGUGUCAGCAGAGACCCCAGGCAACGUGGUGGGACCGAGGGACUUUGUGAGCGUCCGCUGUGCCAAACGUCGAGGCUCCACCUGCUUCUUGGCUGGAAUGUCCACUCAGCAUCCGAAAAUGCCAGAGCAGAAAGGUGUAAUCAGAGCCGAGAAUGGGCCUACCUGUAUCGUGAUGAAGCCUUGUGCUGAAGACCCAAAUAAGACUAAGUUCACCUGGCUGCUGAGCCUAGAUCUAAAGGGCUGGAUCCCAAAGACAAUUAUAAACAAAGUGCUCUCGCAGACGCAGGUGGACUUUGCCAGCCACCUCAGAAACAGGAUGGCGAAUAACGUUUCCAUGGAGACGGCUCACGCCUGCUGACACGAGACGCCUCUUGAGCCAACAGAGAGAGAGAAACUUCUGCUCAUCAAAAAAAUCUCUUCUAAAUCUGCUUAGAGUCACUGAAAAAGUAGACACUCCAGUGAGUUUUAGCAAGAUCCUGGGAAGAUUGUGCUUUACUGAAAUCUUUAGAAAAAUCUCAGCACUUUUCAUUAAAAACAGAAUGAGUUAAACACACAUAAUCACAACGCUGUUGUUGAUAAGCCUAUAAAAUUUUAUAUAUUUUUUUUUUAUUUGACAUAUGUGCACUGUGUGCACUUCUACCUGAUAUGGGCAAUUGUCAAGCAAAGAAGAGAGUUUUGGUAUUCGCCCUGUAAAAUUGUAUCAACACAGUUAAGAAAUACUCAGAUUUCCCAAUCAAACGCAGUUAUGCUCAGAUGUAAACUUUUUGCACUUAACAUUUAAUGGACUUUAAAUUACAAAAAAA